CUAGCCUUCCCCCAAAGGUACCUAGAUGCCUAGGGAAUCCCUCCCGAGCACCGUAGCUCUCACCUCCGGAGAGUCAAGUUUCCCUACUAGAGCUAGACACCUGUGUGAGGCGCUCCCGGUGGGAAAGGUGGCGUAGGGGACGCCAGAGCUCCAUGCACACCGCUUUCCGCUGUAAGGCUGCAGUUACAAUCCCUCCAGAAGUCAGAGCUGUUAGCACGCACACUCUGCUUUCUUCCUUGGUCGACAGGAACCUAGCCCCACAUUCUGGAGACGGAGCCCGCUGACGCCUCUCCAGUUCGCUCCGGGUCCUCUCCCUCCCACCUCUCCACCUCCAAAGUAGCGCUCCAGCCUCGCUCCGCCCGCACAGCCCCAGCGCCCCCGAGCUUUAUCAGGCUCCCCACACACAUCGCUGGCUUCCUUUGGCACCCGGCGCUGGUGACCCUAGCGGAGCAGCCGCCUCCUCCGAGCCCAGUCCCCCUCCUCCCGCCCGCGGGUCACCGCGCCUCCAGGCUCUGCUCCCCCAGGCACCGCGGCGCCCACCGCCUUUCAGGUUCAUCCUGGGCUGGACCUGUUUUGCUCAUCCCUAAACCCGGAGAAGUGGAAUCUGCACACUGAAACUCUCGGUGGCUGGAGCGGCGGACUGGGCAUGCUCAGAAGCCAGGUUUGGCUUUGGUCUCAAGUCGAAGGAAGCUUUUGCACUCGCGAGGCAGCGGCGACUUUAGGGAAAGUUGAUCUGAGAGGGGAGGAAGCCCCAAGACGCGGAGCAGCGGCAGGAAGGAGCCCCCGGCAGCCCGGAGGAGCAUGGGCACCCUGCGGGAUUUACAGUACGCGCUCCAAGAGAAGAUCGAGGAGCUGAGGCAGCGGGAUGCUCUCAUCGAUGAGCUGGAGCUGGAGUUGGAUCAGAAGGACGAACUGAUCCAGAAGCUGCAGAACGAACUGGACAAGUACCGCUCGGUGAUCCGGCCCGCCACCCAGCAGGCGCAGAAGCAGAGCGCCAGCACCUUGCAGGGUGAACCGCGCACCAAGCGCCAGGCGAUCUCCGCGGAGCCCACCGCCUUCGACAUCCAGGAUCUCAGCCACGUGACCCUGCCCUUCUACCCCAAGAGCCCACAGUCAAAGGAUCUUAUAAAGGAGGCCAUCCUUGACAAUGACUUCAUGAAGAACUUGGAGCUGUCACAGAUCCAGGAGAUUGUGGAUUGUAUGUACCCUGUGGAAUAUGGCAAAGACAGCUGCAUCAUCAAGGAAGGAGAUGUGGGAUCACUGGUGUAUGUCAUGGAAGACGGGAAGGUGGAAGUUACAAAAGAAGGUGUGAAGCUGUGCACCAUGGGUCCAGGAAAAGUGUUUGGAGAGCUGGCUAUUCUUUACAACUGUACCCGGACAGCGACCGUCAAGACUCUUGUAAAUGUGAAACUCUGGGCCAUUGAUCGACAAUGUUUUCAAACGAUAAUGAUGAGGACGGGACUCAUCAAGCAUACCGAGUACAUGGAGUUUUUAAAGAGCGUUCCCACAUUCCAGAGCCUUCCUGACGAAAUUCUCAGCAAGCUGGCCGAUGUCCUCGAGGAGACCCACUAUGAAAAUGGAGAAUAUAUUAUCAGGCAGGGUGCAAGAGGAGACACCUUCUUUAUCAUCAGCAAAGGAAAGGUGAAUGUUACUCGAGAGGACUCACCAAGUGAAGACCCAGUCUUUCUUAGAACAUUAGGAAAGGGAGACUGGUUUGGAGAGAAAGCCUUGCAGGGGGAGGAUGUGAGAACAGCAAACGUAAUUGCUGCAGAGGCCGUCACCUGCCUUGUGAUUGACAGAGACUCAUUCAAGCAUUUGAUUGGAGGACUGGAUGAUGUUUCUAACAAAGCAUAUGAAGAUGCAGAAGCGAAAGCAAAAUAUGAAGCCGAAGCUGCCUUCUUCGCCAACCUGAAGCUGUCUGAUUUCAACAUCAUCGACACCCUCGGAGUUGGAGGUUUCGGACGAGUAGAGCUGGUCCAGUUGAAAAGUGAAGAAUCCAAAACAUUUGCGAUGAAGAUUCUCAAGAAACGCCACAUUGUGGACACUAGACAGCAGGAACACAUCCGCUCAGAGAAGCAGAUCAUGCAGGGGGCUCAUUCUGACUUCAUUGUGAGGCUAUACAGGACAUUUAAAGACAGCAAAUACUUGUAUAUGUUGAUGGAAGCUUGCCUAGGUGGAGAACUCUGGACUAUUCUCAGGGAUAGGGGUUCGUUUGAAGAUUCGACAACCAGAUUUUACACAGCAUGUGUGGUAGAAGCAUUUGCCUAUCUGCAUUCCAAAGGAAUCAUUUACAGGGACCUCAAGCCAGAAAAUCUCAUCCUAGAUCAUCGAGGUUAUGCCAAGCUGGUUGACUUUGGCUUUGCAAAGAAAAUAGGAUUUGGAAAGAAAACAUGGACUUUUUGUGGGACUCCAGAAUAUGUAGCCCCAGAGAUCAUCCUGAACAAAGGCCAUGACAUUUCAGCUGACUACUGGUCACUAGGAAUUCUAAUGUAUGAGCUUCUGACUGGCAGCCCACCUUUCUCAGGCCCAGACCCUAUGAAAACCUAUAACAUCAUACUACGGGGGAUUGACAUGAUAGAAUUUCCAAAGAAGAUUGCAAAAAAUGCUGCUAAUUUAAUUAAAAAACUAUGCAGGGACAACCCAUCAGAAAGGUUAGGAAAUUUGAAAAAUGGAGUAAAAGACAUUCAGAAACACAAAUGGUUUGAGGGGUUUAAUUGGGAAGGCUUAAGAAAAGGCACCUUGACACCUCCCAUAAUUCCAAGUGUUGCAUCACCCACAGACACAAGCAAUUUCGACAGUUUCCCUGAGGACAGUGAUGAGCCACCACCUGACGACAACUCAGGCUGGGACAUAGACUUCUAAUGUAUUUCUCUUACCUGCUUCUGCCUUGCUGAAGACAGCUUUUUCUGAGACACAGCUGCCAGCAAACCUGAGGGAAAGAGAGAAGAUUAGUGCUCGGGGUCACCAUGAUGCCUUUGAUCGAUGCUGCUCCCGUAACUACGGUGGCAUUAGGACUUAUUGCUUAGAUUACGAUAGUGCUCUUUACAUGUUUUAUGUUUGAACCUAAAAUAGCAGUUGACAUGGUGGUCCUGAAGCAAAGCCUUUCACCAGUAAAGUGAUGUUUUCUAUUGUUGCAAUGACCUUGCUUUGCUCUGAUUAUGUUUUGAAAGAGUGUAGGUAAUACUUCAAUCUAGUAGAAGAGUCUGUAUCUUGCUAGAAUUACCAAGAAGAAUAAAGAAUAAUAUAUUUGGUACGAUAGAUGACUGUGGUACAAAACCUGGGCUAUUCCUUUUCAUCAGGGAAAGGUGUGGAGCUUAUGACUUCAAGCCAGUAUAUAUAUAUAUCUCGUACAAAGAGGACCGCACAUCUGUGGGUCACAGACUUCAUGUCAAACCAGUGCUAGAAGUUUCUGAGUUUUUUCCCUAGCUGAUGACAAGACUGAAUGUUACCUUUUCUUUCUGAUGGUUUCUCAAAACUGGUCUGAUAAAAAAGCACAACUGCUGUGGUUUCUGUACAAGCCUCCCAUGGCAGGUGCAUAUGCAUAUUUGGAGGACUGAAAAUGUGCAUGAUAAUUGAAAAAUGGGCAUGACAAAGUGGAGGGAGAAAAAGAAUUCACAACACCAUUUCAUAUCUUUAAAUAUAUAUAUAGUGCUUAAAGAUGGUCCUGGAAAUGACUAGCAGCCAAUUGGUUUUAUUAUUACUUAACACCCUCAAAUCAAGGCUUAAACUCUUCCCUUUUAUAAGAACAAACCCUUGGGGCAUGGGUGGGAUAGGGUGGGAAGGAAUAAAGACCCAUCCAAAAAAUAAAAAUGAAAAGGUGCUAUGUCUGUCUUUCAUCUGUAAUGUCAGUGUCUGAACGGACAACACAGAUCCUAAUCAUCAUGUCUAGCCAGAGACUCAGCAUUUUCACUAACUUUAUUAAAAACAAACUCCUGUCAGAUGCCACAACACAGUCCAGGGCUUAGAGAGAAAGGAUAUUAAAAAUGUAUUUCAAAUGGUCACUUGUCUUAGACCUGAACCAAAACAAUAUAUAUAUAUAUAUGCAGUCUGAAAGUACAAAGUCAAUGGUAUUGAGUUACUACUAAGCAGCUUUGUUUAUUUGAGGUCAGGGAGGAAGACAAGGAGUUGAGGCCCUUUCCCUCAGUAAGUUUAUCAAAGUUAGAAGGGGUUGGAGAGGAACAUGGGAGACUUGAUUUCUCAAGACUGCAUUUUGUCUAAUAGAGCAGAGGUGUUACAGCCUUAGAAAUUUCACAUGAGGUAGAGAAGACAAGAUUUGAAAAUGUCAAGCUGUCUUUUUCACAUGAGGAAAAGGAUCAUCAAAUUUUAAAAAGUGUGUUGUUGGCAGGCCAGUUGACCUCUAUUAUUAAAUGGCAGAAUUCUCCAGAAGCUUUCUUUAGGUAGCAUUUUACUUAUAUAGGUAAAUGUACAACCAUCCAAGACAGCAUCCUGAUUUGGAAAUAUGUGUUAAUAGAGGUUUGCUAUUUUUCCAAUAGAGAUUUUUUUUAAUGUAGAAAUUCUUAUAAAAAAUGUUUUCAUUAGGUCAUUAAAGCCUACCCAAUAAAUCACAUGAGGUUUUUUUAAUUUCAUACUCAAAAUUACUUUCAAAUGUGCUAUCCUAUCAAAAUAUAAUACUCUUAAAACAUUUGAAGCCUAAAACUACUGAAAGUAUGUUUAAUUGGGGUAAAGUUCAAUUAAAACUUUGAUCCUGAUAUUAUUAUUACUGUAUGAUUGGAAUCCUCUCCUUUAUAAGCAGUUUCUCAAGAUUAGUAGAUUCCCGAGAGAUCUGUGGAUUUCAACAGACUUAAUAAUAUAAAAAUUAAAUGCAUCAAGCUGAAAUUCAGCGAUUUCUGGAGGUUUAUUUAUCUUUUAACUGAUUUCUAAAAGGCAUAUAAUUCCAACAUUAUAAUCAGUGUUUGACAUUUUCUGUUGCAAGAUAGUGUGGUUUCGGAAUGCCAAAGGCUUGCUAGGAUGUUACAUUUGUCUUGUUAUUAGCAAAGGGAAUUGUCUCUCUAACCUUUCAAAUAUCCACAAAUCCACGGGAAUUUGCAUGGACCAUGUAUUUGGGGACUUUGGUUCCAGGCUAAGACAGCUCGUGUGGAUAUAUGGGUUCUAUGAAGAAGAAAGGAGUUGUUUUCAGCACAAUGUGACUGUGGGCAGUUUUCCACUUGUGUUAACAUCUUUGUUCAUUUCAUCCAUGGUAUUGAUUAGAAUGUCCAAUACAAUCCCAAGAGAUAAAGGUGAACUCUUAUCUUCCAAGAGUUGAUAACAGAAAACAUACAUCAGAUUUUCAAUACUGAAUUUUAAGGAUUUAAAUCUUGUCUUAAUGAAGACACUAGGGCUAUAAUUCAUGAUCAGCUUGAUAAACCACAUCUUACUUUCUGGACUUUUCCAUGCCCCCUUAUUUUUGUUCUUUAUUUUCUUGCACUAAAGACCAUCUGGAUAAACUAGAAUAGUGCCAACUUGUUUGAUUUGCUAACUGACUUUCUUGUUGAUGCUUCUGUGUAUGGGAAAUAGGGCUGUCUGUGUGUCUUAAAUCACAGAAAAACAGCAAACUGCCAAGGAGAGGACAUCACAAUAUUUAAUUAGACUGAACACAUUAGAGAAAAUGAGUUUUGGAAAAGUAUUAUAGUUGAUUUUUAUACUUAUGAGCUUCUUUAUUAUUUGGAUGUGAAUCAGAUCCAUGUAGCAUUUAAAACAAAUUUAUUUUUAUUAUAAUCCUCACAAGUCAGAGGGUUUUUUUCUUAAAAUUAGGGAACAUACAUGUGAAUUACACAUGUAGAAUAAUAUUUAAACUAUUGAACAUUUCUCAUUUUAUUUCCAAAUGAUAGACCUGAUGGUGAUCCUAAAGAAGUCAGCUACCAUAUUGAACACAUGGGUAUUAAACCCGACUUUAUACAGUAGAGGUAUCUGUGCAUUUUCCACACUUUUUCUUUCACAAUAGGACCACAACAAAUAUUUAUGUAAAUAGAUAUUUUUGGGUGAUAUUUUGUGGUACAUAUAACUUUUUUUAGUGUUUCACAGCAUUAUGAUUUCAUUUUAUUUGUAUUAAAUAAUGUUUUUAGGUCCAAGUAGACUUGAAUGAACGUCAUAAUUGUUAGUAUUAUUGAAACUUAUGUCAACAGUACUGUCACUCAUCUGUCCCAUAGUUUAGAACAUGACCUGGCUAUCUGGCGUUGUUGCAAGUGCCUUAAACUCAUGGCAUCUUAUUAAUAAAACAAAUUUGGUGUUAUGCUGCAUGACAAAGACAAACACACCUCAAAAUGUUGUCCUUUCUUAGCUUGCUGCGUUUUACAGUUCUUUCUGCUAACAAUUUAUAAGCCUUUAUUAUAUAAUAUUGAUGAAUUACAGAAAUGAUGAAGUUGUUAUCUUAUUUCUGUUAAAUGUACCAGAGCUGUGUGUCUGUUCAUGAGAUACAGUGUCAUUUCUGUGAAAUGUAUAGAUGUAUGUGCAGGUCAAAUUACUAUAUGACAUACUAUCAGUCUGUAUACAGGUAUUCCUGUUUUGCUCAGCUGUGCAGACUCAGUAAAUUAAAAAAAAGUAGUGCAGUCAAAUCCUAAUGUAUCUCAUUUUAUAGACUCCAUUAACAAUGGUUCAACCCAAAAGAAAUAUUGCAAAUGACUGCUCACCACACCUCGUUCUGAAACCAAUGAUGAAAAUGUACCUUGGUGCACCCCUCAACAAAACAGGAUGCUUUCUCUGAGUUCUUGUAUAUGCAAAUCAUGUAUGAGGCAAGUUUUCAGGAGACCUUGAAAGCAAAAUGUUGGAAGUAUGUUGUUAGCCCUCCUCCUUUUCUGCCCCUGCAUCAACAGACAGAGCUCUGGGACCUUGGCCAUGACACAGAGGUUUGGGCUUUCUAAGUAAAGGGACAUUUCUUUAAGCGUCAUCUAUCAAGUUUAUUUCAACGUAUGAUGUUUUUACAACUGGUCAGUUCUUUUGUAUUCUUACAGCUAUGGUUAUUGAUUGUCCUCUUAAAUUUGUGCUACAUGAAAGAGUCUUUUGUUAGAAUGCAACAAACGGUCAUCUAACGGUCAUUGGCCGCUUGCACUCUUUGAUGUAGAUUAAAAACUUUUUCAUAACUUAACCUGCUUUGAUUUGCUCUGUAUUUUCCCUGCAGCUGUAAUUGCAGAGUGCCUGUUGGAUACUUUAUAGAGUUGAAAUAAAAAAAUAAUUACUUUUGAA